AUGUCCUCAAGACAAUCCAGUCAAAGCCGUGGGCGAAGCACCGAAAAAAAUAAGAAGCGCAGGUAUUCGGAGUCGUCUUCAGACUCUUUCAGCUCAUCGAGCUCAGAAGAUAGAAGGCGUGCGAAGAAGAAAAAACUUAGCAAACAUAGGAAAAAUAACAAAGGUUUAGAAUUACAACCGAUAAAAAAGGUUAAGAAAAGAAAAGAGACGAAAAAGAGUCGGAAAUAUUCCACAACCGACUGCGAUAGCUCUAGUGACGAUGGAGAAAAUUCCGAUUCCAGCCGUGAAAGAAGCAUAAAAAAACAUAAAAAGAAAAAGAAAAGAAAGAAAAAGAUCAAGAAAAAUAGAAAGAAAACGAUGGAAAACGAAUCGAAGAAUGAGAAAAACAAAAGAGGUCCUGUAAAGAAUAAUGAAGAUGACUUGAAGCCUGGAACAAACCUUUCACCCAAACAGCCAUCUGACAAACCAGAAAACAAAUCUGGGGCAUCUUAUGAUAUGGGGCUGGAACAUAAAACUGUCAAAAGGUCCAUGGUUCCAAUGACAAAAGAGGAGUAUGAGAAACAACAGAAUGUCAUCCGCAGGGUUUAUGAUGAAGAAACUGGGAGACAUAGACUUAUCAAAGGAGAUGGAGAAAUCCUGGAGGAGAUUGUCAGCUAUGACCGACACAAAGCUAUAAAUAAGAAAGCUACCCAAGGUGAUGGAACAUUUUUCGCUUCCAAGCUUGGAAUAGAUAAAUACUGGUGAACGCUGCGCUAUGAUGGCUUGUUGUGGUGAAGCUGGACCCAGGAACACAUGACAAGGUCGAUGGACAGACCUUGGUUGUGGUGUAGUAGUACCCAGGAGCACAUGAGAAGGUCGAAGGACGAAGGAUUAUACACACCGCAAAUGCUCAUUUUAGCGUGCUGGAUGCUUGUACUCUACAUCCUUUUAGUUGCGAGGGGGGGGGGGCGCUGAUUUCAUCUUUUCAAAAGCAAGAUUUAUCUUCAAGGUCAAUCACACAUGAAAUAGAACAAAUGCUGUAUUUCAGAACUGAAAAGAGCCAGGAGCCUUCCUACGCACUUGAACAUUUGCCAAAGAGCUUUUAAUGUUGGCUUGUGUGAUUUUUAAGACCAGAAAGAUAGAAAGUGACUAUCUUUUACGGUAUUACGAGUCUUUGGCGAUUCCUUUAUUUCUGGGUUAAUUUUUUUAUUUUACGCCUUAGAGGGGGGGGGGGGACUAUCCGAGAGGGGAUGCUCAAACAAGCAUUUACGGUAUAACGAGUAUAACUCCUGUGGCAUUUUAGUCCAGUGGACUCAAACCCAAUUGUAAAAGGACGUCCUCCUGUACAAAGAUAAGAAGAUAAAUUAAGUAAACCCA